GCGAGGCCAGUCGGUCAUCUAUAAAAGAACUGGCGGCGGCGGCGACAAAUUUUAUAAGAAUUUCGGACUCGAACGCGAACGAAUCCCGUCAAGAAAUGUCGCUGGUGCCCACCACAUAUCGCGAUUUGUCGCGGGAAUUGGACCGACCACGUCCCAUCUACCAGCCUCCGUAUGAUUUUCAACUCUAUCCGUAUCUGUGGGACGAUCCCCGGGUCUGGUGGCCGGCCCACACCAGCAGGAGUGACAUGAUGCGUCCGCUGGACGAGCUGGUGACCCGACGGGUGAGGAACCAGCUGAUCCAAUCGACGCCCUACGACUGGUCCUAUCCGAUGAGAUGGGACAACUACUAUUCCGGUGAACGGGUCCAUGUGGAUGAGAAGGGAUUCCGUAUCGACAUCGAUGUCCGGCAGUUCCAUCCCCAUGAAAUAGUGGUCAAGACCAACGACGACUACAUCAUCGUCCAGGGUAACCAUAACCGCCGCAGCGAGGGCUCCAACGGACUGGUGGAGCGUCACUUUGUUCGAAAGUAUCUACUGCCCCGGGGCUACAAUGCCAACGAGGUGAUCUCGGACAUCUCCUCCGAUGGUGUUCUGACCAUCAAGGCACCUCCGCCGCCGCCAGCCAAGUACUAUGCUCCCGGGGAGCGAUUGGUCCGUGUCCAUGAGACGGGCAAGCUGGCCCUGCCCUGGAAAUAAGCCCCAAGGCCCAGGCAGAGGAGGCGGAACAGAAGCGCCAAACUCAAGGUGAACUAUUUUCAGAUGAGAACAAGUGCAGCCGAACACUUAGAUUGGAUUCAAGCAUAAAUAAAAUACAAAAUGUACUCGUAGGUAAUAUAUACACUCAGAUAUAAAAUGCGCAAUAAAUAUUUGGUAGAAACAA